CUUCCACCGAAUAUUCCCCCCUUGUUGAAAUUCCUUUUUUUUUUAUUAUUCUCCAUAGCCUGCCUUCUUCCCAUUUCUCUUGUGGGUGAACGGCAUCGGCAGACCACAAGACUGCAAGUACUGUCAACAACGGGCUGACGUCCUAAAAGCCACCCGUCAGCUCGCUACCAAACUGGAUGUUUUAUGGUACUUGGUGGAAUACUCAAAUCAAAAAGCAAAGCUUGAUUCGUGAUAUCCAGCUUUCUCAAAAGAUUCAGCCUGCCGGAUAUUCAUGAAUGGCCACCGCAAAGUGACCGUCGAGUUCGGCAUAUUGGCGGAAUCUUGAUCGACCCGAGGCGAAAAGGAGUAGCAUCCCUUUUCAUACCUGUCCUGUCCACCCCGUGUCAGACACAGGAGCGGUGGGAAGGAGCGGGAGUGCGCUAUGACAGCGGCUGUAGCCGUGACCAAUUGUCUAGUGAACUUGGACAUGACUGAUCCCGCUAAAUGGCACGGUACUGUCCCCGGCAAAAUUGAGACACGGGUGGAGCGAAAUGGGCAGUCCUCUGAAGCAGAAAGAGCAUCCGAUUUAGAAAGCCCGCAUACUCCUCCGAUCUUACCUGAUCUGACAUUUGGGAAGGAAUCACUAGCGCAGAUGUUGACCGUCGGCUAUGGAGAGGUGUCAAAGAAGGAUGUGUCAAAACGAAGAGAACGGGCGGCCCAGAUCACUCCCAUAUCAACACAUCGUCUUAGCCACGACCACGACACUCGGCGGACGAGCGGAGGCUCUUCCAUUUCGGGCUCCUCCGCUGUCCCCAAUCAGCGAGUACUCGCGAGGGAUUUGAGUCAGAAACGACCACAGUCCGUAGCAGUCGGAUUCACGCUGGGGCCUCCGAGUGAGGAUUCGCCAGAAGAAACUGUGGCGGAGACGAUUUUAGAUGUGAUCAGAACACGCCGUCUCUCCUUCAAUGGACAUCAAGACGAUCAUCUCGCUGCUCUUCAAACAUUAGCAAAGAGUUCUUCGUCAUCCGCAAUUGUCAAUCUUGCCGCCCCUUCGACUUCGCCACCAGGAUCACUUGACAACUCGACUCCCCUUGUCGACGAGCCGAGGGAAAUCCGCCAUGCUGAGGCGCCCUAUGUUGGUCCUAUCUUACCCAAGAGCAUAGAUCCAAUAUUACCGACAACGGUGGCUGUCAGGGCUCCGUCAAUACUCAGUGAAGGAAAAUCUGAGGAUGAUCGGACCAUAAAGCGAGCAAUGAUAGUUAACGAAUUGUUGGAGACGGAAAGGAUGUAUGUGAACGACUUGCGGACUUUAAUUGAGAGCUUCUUUGAUCGCUUGAAUGCCGUUUCCUGGCUUCCGAACGACAAAAAAUUCUCUUUGAUGCGGAAUGCCAGCGAAUUGUACAAGUUUCAGCAAGAGUUUCUAUUAUUGCUCGAAAGCGCGAUUAACACUGCGAACGAAGCUUCCGAAGAUGCGAUUCUUCCCAUGUCUCAAGUCUUUCUUGAAAUGGAACAACGGUUUGAUGUAUAUUCCCAAUACUGCACCCACCAUGACGGAGCAAUCAAAAUUUUGACAGAAUAUGAGAACCGACCGGAAAUGGUAACGUUUCUUCGGGACUUUCGCGGACUAGCUCAAACGAAGCUGGACGUCAAGGAUUAUCUUAUAAAGCCGGUACAAAGGCUAUGUCGAUAUCCCCUCCUCCUCAGUGAAAUGAUUAAAGCGACACCGGUAGACUCUGAUCAGUUUAAUGCUCUUCUUGCUGCGCAUACAGUUAUGCAGAAUGUCGCACUGGAAAUCGAUUCUGCAAAGUGGAGGAUGGAAAACAUGCAGAGGACUGAUCGGUUUUUUUCAAGACUGGAGAGUGCACAUGCUGACCUCCCAAGUCGCUUGGAAGUCGGAGAUCUGGUUCUCAGUGGAGCGCUUUAUGUAGUUAAUCACGAUCAGUACACCGUCAAGUUUCGCUAUCGGGGUGUCUUCUUGUUUCCCGAGUACAUAUACGUAGUGAAACCGCGGAGAAUGACGGCAUAUACCCUAAAGUUCUGUCUGUCGCUCUCUUCUUGCGAGUUCAUACCUCUGGGUAAUGGUGAGAGCGUUUUGCCAAAUGCGUGGCGUCUAAAGAACAGCGAGGGUGAUCAGUAUUACGACUUUUGUGCAACGAGUGAGAAGGAGCGUGCGGUGUGGGCAGAGACCUUGAGCCGAUUAGCCCGUGCAGCGUGGGCUCGACGGUCAACACCAGACACACCUAAGGGAGAAGGCGACGCCUCCGUCGAAUCUUAUAUGGAUCCACCGAUGGACGCCUUGGACUUGAGACGUACCAGUUCUGCAGGAUCAAUAAACACCAUGAACUCUAUUAUUUCAAAAACUGAUGCGUUUGUUGGGCGGGAAAGGUCGCACUCUGCGCAACAGACGCAACAGACUGUCUCUAACGCGCGGAAGAAAGAGCGUCAUUUUUGGCGGCAAUCGAGCGUGGAUUUGCGGUUUGACAUUUUUGGGGAGAUUCCAGCGGGCCCACCAAAUACUUACGGUACGGUUGGAACCGAGCAACAGCAUCCCAAGGGAGCGCUCAACAGAAGAGGGUCUGUGGAUUUGCGCUUAUUGGACGUUCUGACGCCCCUGAUUGAGGCAGGAGGCGUAUCACCUCUCCCCACUACAAAAUCUGUACCUGACCUUCAAGGGUUCCGCCGCAAAUCCUCCGCCUUUGAUCCAGACUUCCGAGCCACCGACGAGUAUCAGAAUGUCCGUAUUGCACCACACUCUCCUGUGCACCACCAUUCGAUACCGCCGCCCGUUGUACCCAGUCGAGGUUGGUCUGAUCCUGCAGUGACCGGAUUGAGCAGCGGAGGAACAAACUCGUCCUCUUCCCUGCAUCGCCUCUCCGAGGAUGGUAGCACUGACGAUCCAGACUCCCCCAAAAAGGCGUCGGACAAGGCUCAGGAUGACUCUUGGUUGCAAUCACCGGGAGGUACAAGUCGAAUGAAUUCCGGAAGUGGACACGUAGGUAAAUACCCUCACAGAAACGAAAAUGGUGCCACGUAUCUACCUCCCCGUACAUCGAGUUUCAGCAAUUCGGCCCCGCUUCUGAACCGGUAUCCGUCGCGAUCCAGUAUAUCAUCUUGGGUGAGCGAUCGUAGUGAAUGGAAUGUACCACUCCCAUCGUCUCCACCUGCACGGCCGGGGGUGCGAUCUAGUGGAGGCUACGCGACGGUAGGACCUGGGUAUACUCCUGAAAGCGAUGACCAGAAUCCUACCAAGCAACGCCGCAAUAAUUUGAUGCGGAGAACUUGGAGCCAAUUUUUCCAGGGUGGAAAAGGCAUAAAAGGGGCGUUCAGAAUUGGGAAAGGAAGGGAUUGAAAGUCUUUUGGACAAUUUUGUUGCAUGUCAAGUAUUAGCUUUUUUGUUGGAUUUUCUGACGUUAUUACCUAAUUAGUUUUUGUAGGCGGUUUGGAGGUUGUCUUAUUAUAUUCUUCUUGUCUUGGUUUGGACUGUAGAGACGGUUGGGAUAGGAGAUUUAUGCCGUCAAUGUGUUUUUCCUUUCUGUGUACAAACAUGUUUUGAGACGUUUUCUUAAAUUACUAUACUUUUGAACGGCACCAGAAAUAACAAGACUGUGCGCGUUUAUUAAUGUAACGGAAGCUACUACUAUUAACGGUUAAACAACAAUAUAAAUCACUACACUAUAG